AGAUCUUCUCAAAGGUGAAUACAUAGACCACUCCAAACAUUGAUGAAGAUGUCCAGAAUAUACAGAUGUAAAACAUCGGUUACUUUGAGUUUGAUUUUGAAGAUGCUCUUCUCUUCUGCUUUGAUGUUUCUAUGGUUCUCGAUCGUCCUUCUCUCUCAUCUCCAACUCUGUUUAUACCUUAAAUAGUUCUAGAGAAGAAGAAGAAGAAAGGCUUGAGAGGAAAAGAUGGAGGAGGAAUCGCGAGAUAUACUGAUGUCGACGCUGAUGGAAUCUGGGGUUUUGAUCCCCGGAGAUUUCUCUUCCGUUGGUGAAUUUACUCCGGAGGCGUUAGUAUCGAUCUCUGCUCAGUUGCUGAAUCUCAUUGACCCAUCAGCCUCGUUUUCCGAUGAGCUCCCUGAUUCUCUCCCCGAGAGGUUUAGGAUCUGCACCGAUAUUGCUCAAUCUGUGAAGAAUCUAGGUUACAUCAACGACAUGAGUUAUUAUAAGUUUCUGCAUCCAUCUGAAGAUGACUCGUAUAGGUUGGUUAGGUUUCUGGUUGAGAGGCUUUCGGAGAGCAAUGAAGGAAGAAAAACUUCUAGUAGGCCAAAGGUGGAGAAUUUUAGAGAUAUUUCAGAUGACAGAAUGGUGAAUGAGGACAAGGAUGAGACUUUUGAUAUGCAUAUACAGAAGGUUGAAGCUGUCCUAAAAGAUCUUACAAUGACUAGUGAAAUCUCUCAUUCACCUGACUCUCUUGCAAAAAAUACAUCAACCAAUGGUUCCACCAUUGUUGACCUCUUCUCCCAAAAGACGGAUGAUCCUGUUACUGAUGUACCAUCGGAUCUUUCUUUGAGAGAGUCAUCUGGAUAUGAAGACCUGUCUGAGACAAAUUAUGAGACUGUUGAGUUACAGAAUCAACAUAGUGUACUCUUGGAGGAACUGGAAUCUGGAUCUUCAGAGCUAUGCAGUCUUGAAAGCGAGCUGGAGUUGUUGAAGAUGGCUGCGGAGAGGUUAUUAGACAACAAACAGCCGAGUGGGUCAUAUCUCGAACAGCUUAAUCAACAACUAGUGGUCAAAAGGUGUAAUAUCAUGGAUGUUAAAAAGCAAUGGGACGAUGUAAGGCUGACUUUGGAAACUAAAAAGCUACUUCUCUUGGACCAACUUCGUGUGGAGGAGCCAGAGGCUAAAGAGAAAUUCCAUCAGUUGAGAAAGACUGAACUGGAUUUACAAUCUCUCUCAUCAGAAAUUCAAAAGAGGGAAGAUGAACGGUGUAACCUAUACAAUGAGCUUGAGAGGCAGCCAAAAGUAGCGCCUCGGAAAUCAUAUAUUCAUGGGAUUAAAGAAAUAACAAAAAAUAGCCGUAAACUGGACACUGAUAUUCAGAGGAUUUCAGGGGAGACCAGGGAGCUACAAUUAGAGAGUAACUCAAUCCAAGAACGCCUGCACCGAUCAUAUGCUGUUGUGGAUGAAAUGGUUACAAGGGAAGUGAAAAAAGACCCAGCAGUACGACAGGUCUACAAGCUACUGACCAGUAUUCACAGUAUUUUUGAGCAAAUCUCUGAGAAAAUUCUCAUGACUGAUCGGUUUAGAAGAGAAACAGUCGAUUAUGAAAAGAAGUUGGGGUCCAUCACAGCGCGAGGCAUGAGUUUGGAGAAAUUACAAGCCGAUCUGGAUGCCAUCAGGAAAGAAAACGAAAGCCUAAAGAAAUAACUAAUUCAUGUGGCCGAGGAAGGAGGAUUAAAUUAUACAUUUUUGU